CCUCCAUCUCACUUCGUCUCGCCUCAUCCCGAAAAUCACUCUAAAGCCUCUGAACCGCGUGAAACCCUGAACCUAGAAGCUCUUAUUCUCCUCAAAAAUGGCGACUAUGGCCACCUCCACCCUCGCGGCGAAGCCCAAAACCUCCUUCGUCGACCACUACCACUCCUCCUUCAGCGGCCUCAUCCUCCCCUCGCGCGUCUCCGCCACCCGCUCCCACAGUUCCCCCAGCCUCUCCAUCUCCGCCUCCGCCGCCGCCCCCAGGUAUGACCUCAACUCCAUCCGCUUCAACCCUAUUAAAGAAUCGAUCGUCUCCCGGGAGAUGACCAGGAGAUACAUGACGGACAUGAUCACCCACGCCGACACCGACGUCGUCAUCAUCGGCGCCGGGUCCGCCGGGCUCUCCUGCGCGUACGAGCUCUCCAAGGACCCCUCCGUCCGCGUCGCCAUCGUGGAGCAGUCCGUCUCCCCCGGCGGCGGCGCCUGGCUCGGCGGCCAGCUCUUCUCCGCCAUGGUCGUCCGCAAGCCCGCCCACCUCUUCCUCGACGAGCUCGGCAUCCCCUACGACGAGCAGGACUCGUACGUCGUGAUCAAGCACGCGGCGCUCUUCACCUCCACCAUCAUGAGCCGCCUCCUCGCCCGCCCCAACGUCAAGCUCUUCAACGCCGUGGCGGCGGAGGACCUCAUCGUGAAGGAAGGGAGGGUCGCCGGUGUGGUGACUAACUGGGCCUUGGUGUCGAUGAACCACGACACCCAGUCGUGCAUGGAUCCGAACGUGAUGGAGGCCAAGGUGGUGGUGAGCUCCUGCGGACACGACGGCCCCUUCGGAGCUACCGGUGUGAAGCGGUUGAAGGACAUCGGAAUGAUCGACUCAGUCCCGGGGAUGAAGGCCCUCGACAUGAACUCGGCGGAGGAUGCCAUCGUCCGCCUCACCAGGGAGAUCGUUCCCGGCAUGAUCGUCACCGGCAUGGAGGUCGCCGAGAUAGACGGCGCCCCCAGAAUGGGGCCGACGUUUGGGGCGAUGAUGAUAUCUGGGCAGAAGGCGGCGCACCUGGCGCUGAAGGCGUUGGGGAGGCCGAACGCCUUGGAUGGGAUCGGCUGGGCGGAGAAGGUGCACCCGGAGAUGGUGCUGGCCUCGUCGGAGGGCGGGGAUGUCGUUGAUGCUUAAGUAGGAGUGAGGAAUGGAAGAAUAGUAGUAGAGGAGAGGAGGGGAGGGGAGUAGUGAGAAGUGAAAGAAAAAAACACCAGAAACCUCUCUUGUGGUUUUUCCGUUUUAAUAAUAUUAGCAUGUCUCUUUCUUGAGUCUAUAAAUAACUCGGGAUUUUUCAUGUGAAA